CAUCUUUUUGGCAUUAUAAUCUUCCAGGUAAUGACCAAUUCGUUACGGAUAGACUCCAGCAAAAAGGUAGUAGAAAAACCAGCAUUGAAAGCAACUUUGAGAUGCAGGAAUGCGAAUUUGUCAUGCAUCGAUGAAAACAAAGUGGAUCCUUGUCCAGAAUACGACUACGAUAAGAGGAAUGAGGGUGAUCCUUUCCUCGUUCCGGAAUAUGCAUAUGAUAUUUUCAAGUAUUAUAAAAAACGUGAAGUAACUCGACAAAAGUUGUUCACAAAAGAAAUGCGUGCAGUUUUGGUUGACUGGAUGGUGGAAAUGCAGGAGAGUUUCGAGUUGAAUCAUGAGACUCUCUACACUUCCAUAAAGAUUAUGGAUCAUUACUUGGAUAAGUGUGGAAAACAAAUUCGCCGAGAGGAUUUGCAGCUAAUGGGCUCGACUGCUAUUUUUAUCGCAAGCAAAUUUGAAGAAAGAUGUCCUCCACCGAUUGAAGAUUUCUUGUAUGUCUGCGAAGAAGCAUUCACACAUGAUGAUAUGUUAAGCAUGGAACGAAGUGUGUUAAGAACGAUUGAUUUUGAUUUGGGGUACCCUUUGGCAUAUCGGUUUUUGCGUCGUUACUCGAAGGUUUUACAACUUGACAUGGCGACGUUGACGUUAGCCCGUUAUUAUCUGGAAACUUGUUCGUUGUAUUAUGAAUUUAUCGGGGUUUCAGAUAGCCUUAUGGCAUCAGCAUGCCUUUUAAUGGCCUUAAGAGUUAAAAAAUUGGCUGAUUGGAAUCCAAUAUUAAUAAAGUAUACUGGGUACCAUUUGAAAGAAGUUGAGCCUUUAAUGUGGGCUGUUAAUCACGCCAUGCAAAUGCGCAGUCGCAUAUAUCCUCGUCUAGCAGUCUCCUUCGAUAAAUAUAGUAGCGAGUACGUUUUUGUUUCUCUUAAAAAUGAUUGUUGUAAAAGUGGUAGAGUAAAAGGCAUUGCACUUUAUGUGAAGCGGGUUCAAAUGCGAGUUUUCAGCGUGUUUUUCGAAGUGACUAGUUUCCCGUUUUUGGACGACAGAUUUCCUCCUUCGGUACCGGUUGGGCCACCAUCCGAAUUCUUACUCAAAGAUUAUUAA